AUGGUUCCACUUCUCAUUGCCGUCAUAGUUUCUGUGGCUUCAGCCGCACCGGCCGAAGAUGGUCAAGAGGGCUGUUUAUUUGAUGGCCGUGUCUACCAGAAGGGCGAGUUGGUUAUUCCAUUAGGUUGCCUAUCCGAGAUGACCUGCUUGGGUAAAAAUGUAUACGGCGACCUACACUUGUUAGGAGGGGUCUGUCCAACCGAGAAGAGAGCCGUAGACGGACAAAGUGGCUGUCUAUUUGAUGGACGUGUAUAUGGACCUGGCCAGGACAUUAUUGUCCCAAAAUGUCUUGCAAAGAUCACGUGUCUCGGUAACAAUAAUCUUGGAAACGAGGUUCAGUUGUUUGGGGACUGCAGCAGCUUAGAUCAACAAAAACGAACGGUAGAUGGGCAAAGUGGCUGUCUGUUUGACGGGAGGGUGUACGGACCCGGGCAGGCUAUCACAGAAACAGGAGUUCAUCUUAAGUGUCUGGGACACAAUCUUUACGCAUCCACAUUAUAACACGUGCAUCACUAGUGCAUCACUCAUGGUAUUCAUGCCCUGCUGUAUCUCCACCAUUAGUUACGGGAUCCUCAUCCAGGGACGAGUAAUAAUAUCUAUAUAACUGUCCCUUUCUCACUUUAUUCGAUACUGUUACUUUUUUUCUACAUAAUAAAUGUUUUUAAUAAGA